AUGGAGGCAGACAAAGAUGAAUUCCGGGGCUUUGAAGAUGGCUUUAACGGAUUUCCAAAAAGGCUCCCUGAUGACUGUGUUGAGUAUUCACUGUUUGUCAUCGAUGCCCGCCUGAAAUCGCAGAGAGAACUGCUCUCGCGCUUGGAAGCAGUCCGCAAAGAAGCUGUAAAGCUGGCCGAGAGCCUUUUGAAGGAUUAUAUCUGGCAGCGUGAUGGAUUUAAGUUGGAAGUCGAGAAUUCAAAAGGACUAAUGUAUCUUCACGGGCUUACAAAUUAUGGGGACGCAGUCGAUGACGAAUGGCUUGUUGUGUAUCUACUCAGAGAGUUGAGCAAUCGAUAUUCCGAUUUAUGGAUCAGGGUCGUGGAUGUAGACGGCGAGUUCUUGUUGAUCGAGGCUGCCAAUGCAUUACCUCGCUGGCUGAAUCCCGAGAUUGCAGACCACAGGGUAUGGAUUCAUGCCAACGACCUUCGUAUCAUUCCUCUUAGUGCUGCUCCGACCACCUCUUCAGCUAAAGAGACCGCUCCCGUGUCGCGAUCACUCAGCCUCGACGAGGCCCACAAAACAAUCGCAUCCAAUCCUGGAAUCCUGAUACAUUCCCCGCUCAUUGAAGCGGAAGCAUUUUACAGGCUUCAGAACUACCCCUCUCAGAUCACAGCCUCUUUGCAUUAUGCUACUAUCACUAUUCCAAGAAAGUUAGCGUACAUUUUACAUGGCCGCGCGGCAUCGAUCGCUCCUGCUACAGAAGCGUUCUAUCUUCGGGAUCCUAUUGCUCUUAAGCCACUUCAAUCGAUUUCAUCCAACCUCGUAUUUCCUCCAGAAGACCACGUUACUAUUUCUGUACGAUUUACGAAGGUUCUCUAUGCACAGUUGAAAUCUCAGCAAUUCUCUCCGCCUAUUGCUUGGAAAGCGAAACUAGCUGAAGCAGAGGAAAACUCGUCAUCCACAGAUCUGAAACAAAAGAGAUAUCCUCAGCUUGAGAUGGGUAUGAAGGUUACUUCAGGAUUCGAGAUGUUAAUCACUGAUCCCAAAAACCGAGACAAACACAUAGUGCGGGAGAUCAAACUUCUUCUGGACGACCUAGAUACUGAUGAGGAAGAUCUCCCAACAGACGAAGAAAUUUCGCGAUGGGAGGACGUGGCUAGAGAGGACGACGAAAAGUGGUUAGAUAUAAAUUUUGAAGACUUUGAGAGGGAAUUGGCUGGGAAUCCGCAAGAGAAAAAGCCUAGUAUCCCAGGGGCAUUUGGACCGGAAUCUCCGCCAGGUUUUGGUGAUGCCAAAACUCAAGCAGAUUUAAAGAAGAUGGUCGAGAGGUUCGAGUCUUUUCUUAACGACAAUGAGGCGGGUAUUGACGGGGCCGAGAUGGACGAGAUGGAUUUUGACGACGACGAAGGAGACAGUGAGGAGGACAGCGAGGAUGAGGAUAAAGAUGUUAGCUUUGACGAGAAUGAGUUUGCAAGAAUGAUGAGGGAGAUGAUGGGACUACCAUCAGAUGAAGAUGGAGUGGUGCGCAGUGACACAGAGGGCAGGCCGGCUACGACUAUUAGCAACACUCAUAGGAUAGAGGAACUUGGCUCUGAUGAGGACGAAGUGGAUGAGGAGGCUAAUGAGAUCCAAAAGCUUAUGCUUGGAAUGGAGAGGGAACUUAAUGAAGCCGGUGCGCUUAACCUGGAUCCCACCCCGAAUAAAGUUUCGACGCUUGGUGGUAAAACGCCGGCAGCAGAAGCAUCAAACAAGGACGAAAAUUGGGAAGACGAAAGCGAUGGGGAGAACGUGGAUAUCGAUUUCAAUCUCGCCAAGAAUCUCUUAGAGAGCUUUAAAAGCCAGGCCGGCAUGCCUGGACCUGGAAGUAAUCUUAUGGGUCUGAUGGGGAUGCAGCUGCCAAGGGAUGAGGAUGAACAUCAUAUAUCCAAACCAACUUGA